AUGGUGUGGUGUGAGGAGAAGGAGAAGGAAGGAAUGGAUCCACGUGCCAUGCACGCUCGGGCCAUAAGAUCGGAGACCAAAGACUGCGCAGUGUGGAAUAAACUCAUAACCAACUACUUCAAAUCAAACCUCUCUUCCUAUGCCAGUUCCCUCUUUCAUCAUCUCCCUAUUCCUCCCAACGUCGUCUCAUGGACCGCCCUCAUUUCCGGCCACUCCAACACCCUCUUCUCCCUCCGCCACUUCCUCGCCAUGCUCCGCUACCCCACUCUCCCCAACCACCACAUUCUCACCUCCCUCUUCGAAUCCUGUGCGGCCGUCUCCGCCCUCUCCUUCGCCCUCUCGCUCCACUCCCUUGCCCUUAAACUUGCCCUCGAUCGCCAUCCCUUCACCGCCUCCUCCCUCGUCUCACUCUACGCUAAGUUUCGCAUGCCUUUCAAUGCCCGCAAAGUGUUCGACGAUACUCCCCACCCGGAUAAUGUCUGUUUUUCCGCCUUGGUCGUUGCUCUCGCCCAGAAUUCCCGCUCUCUGGACGCUUUAUCCGCCUUUUCAGACAUGGCACGUCGGGGUUUUGCAUCCACUAUUUACAGCGUUUCCGGGGGUUUACGCGCUGCGGGUCAGCUAGCUUCUUUGGAGCAGUGUAAAAUAAUGCAUGCACACGUAAUUGUUGCGGGGUUUGAUACCAGUGUGGUGGUGGGUAGUGCUCUCGUUAAUGGGUAUGGUAAAGCAGGUGUUGUUAACGAUGCGAGGAGGGUUUUUGAGGAUAGUUUGUCUCAUAUGCAUAUUGUGGCGUGGAAUGCAAUGAUGGCUGCUUAUGCGCAGCAAGGGGAUUAUAAAUCUGCUUUUGAACUGUUUGAGUCUAUGGAAGGUUGUAGACUUGUGCCUGAUGAGUAUAGCUUUUUGGCGAUCCUGACUGCUUUGUGUAAUGCUGGGAUGUUUCGGCAGGUUGAUCAGUGGUUUACGAGGAUGAUUGUCAAUUAUGGUUUGGAGCCGAGUUUGGAGCAUUGUACAUGUUUGGUGGGUGCUAUGGCGCGUACUGGAGAAUUUGAUCGUGCUGAGAGGGUUGUAUUGAAUAUGCCGUUUGAGCCGGAUGCUGCAGUUUGGCGAGCUCUGCUAUCGGCUUGUGCGUAUCUUGGUGAGGCCGACAGAGCUUGGUAUAUGGCAAAGAGGCUAUUAGAGCUAGAGCCGCAUGAUCCUUUUGCUUAUGUUGUUGUUUCUAACGUGUUAUCGAGUGUGGGGAGGUGGGAUGAUGUUGCAGAAUUGAGGAAGAUGAUAAAGGAUACGAGGGUGAAAAAAAAAAUAGGGAGGAGUUGGAUUGAAGUGCAGGGAGAAGUUCACGAGUUUGCAGCGGCGGAUUGGAAGCAUAAGAGGUCCAAAGAAAUUUAUCAGAAGUUGUCAGAGCUUAUGGGGGAUAUUGAAAAAUUGGGUUAUGUUCCUGUUUGGGAUGAGGUGUUGCAUAAUGUUCAGGAGGAAAAGAGAAAAGAGGCUCUUUGGUAUCACAGUGAGAAGUUGGCUGUUGCGUUUGGGGUGUUGUGUGGAUCUGCACUACCAGGGAAGCCGUUAAGGAUUGUGAAGAAUUUGAGGAUUUGUAAGGAUUGCCAUGAGGCUUUUAAGUAUAUGACAAGAGUUUUGGAAAGGGAAAUUAUUGUGAGGGAUGUCAACAGAUACCAUAGAUUUGUGAAUGGUAACUAUGAUACUGACAAAGAACCUGAUUUUUUCAGUGGUAGGUAUUUUUCUUACUGUAGUCCUGCAGGCUGCUUUUUGGCAUUCCCAUUUGCUGCCAUUCAUAUUCACGUUGAAUCAAAGAGACCCGGAAGUCUCUUCUUCGAAGAACUCAAGAAAGGCCACUACCUUCGUUGCUUACUCCACCGUGCAUCGUUGCUACCCGCCGCCAGUCUCCGUACGUCACCAACGAUUGUCUGUCGCCGGCUACCGUCGCAGUUUCGACUGGUGACUAGCGGAUCUGGAUCGUCUCUUCGAGCAACGGCCAACCACGCCCGUUUUGAUGGCUACCUCCCACUCACGCACCGCCACGAGUGCCAAAUCAGUCCGCCGUUGAUCACCGUUCGUCGCUGGCCAUCGUCGCAGUUUCGCCCGGUGACCAGCGGAUCUGGACUGCCUCCUCGAGCGACGGCCAACCUCGCCGGAGUUAGGAUCAUAAUCCUCCACACGCGCCUCCACGCGCCUCAUCUCUCCGUCAGAUCUCGUGUGCUUGUUCGUCAUGCGUUGCCCUAUCGGUGUCAGAAUCACACCGCGACACUGCCAAUCGUGUCGCCGGACCUUUCUCUCUCUGUUUUGACCCUCCAUAGCAGUCAUUGCUGUCUUCUUGCCGCAAGCUUCCGCAUCGCCAGACCUCUCAGCUUAGGUUUUGUUCCAGCCUCUUCUACGGUCUCUGGUACUCAUCACCGUCACAGCCGCCGUAGCAGUUGCCGAAGUUCCAGAUCGACCGGCGUCCACUCCAUCCGAAUCGUCUCGGCCGGGCGACCACCAUGGUCCAAAGAUCGCGGCAAUCGGAGGACCCACGCGCCUCCACUCGUCACCGCCAAAGUCGUAGAUCCGCCGCUUCCCACCGCGCGUGCCGGCGCGUCGCCGGAGCUUUCCACCACUGCCGACCAGCACCGUCGUGAUCGCCUCCUCGCCCUCUUUCUGGAUCUGUUGUCGUUGCGUCAAUCGGAGCACUUUGGAUAUUUAGGGUUUCUCCCUUUCCAUGGUUGCCCAACGUGA